AGGGCGCGGGGGGAUUGCGGCCAAUGAGAGUGGGGGGACCCCCGGACACGUGGGCCGGGGAGCUGAGCGCUGAGUUCUCGAGCUAAAGCCCGGAGACCGAAAAAAUGCAGACCACCGGGGCACUACUCAUUCCUCCUGCUCUGAUCCGCUCUUGUACCAGGGGUCUGAGUAGGCCUGUGUCUGCCUCCUUCCUGAGUAGGCCAGAGAUCCCAUCUGGACAGCCUUCCUACAGCAGUGUCCCACUCCAGGUGGCCAGGCGGGAGUUCCAGACCAGUGUUGUCUCCCGGGACAUUGACACAGCGGCCAAGUUUAUUGGUGCUGGGGCUGCCACAGUUGGUGUGGCUGGUUCAGGGGCCGGCAUUGGAACAGUGUUUGGCAGUUUGAUCAUUGGCUAUGCCAGGAACCCGUCUCUGAAGCAGCAGCUCUUCUCCUAUGCCAUUCUGGGCUUUGCCCUGUCUGAGGCUAUGGGACUCUUCUGUUUGAUGGUCGCCUUCCUCAUCCUCUUUGCCAUGUGAGGCUCCAUGGAGGUCACCUGUCCACCCCUGCUGCUUCGACUCCAGGCCAUGCCCGGUGCUAGAGUGUGCUAAGCUUUACCAUUAAACACAAUGUUUCUCUAAA